GCUUCGAGCUAGUCUUACAUAUACUCGCUUCGAGAGAGCACGCGAAUCGCCAGAGUUCCGCUGCGGGUCUGAACGUUAUUCAAAUCUCGGUCAAACAAGACAAGUGCGCGCGUUUUAUAACUUUCGAUAAGUUCAAUCCAGUGGGAUUGCAUUUUGGGCAAAUCAAGGGUCCUAACGGAUUGCAGACCAGACGUUGUGAGAAAAAAAACAAAAUAAAAAAAACAGUGCCGUGAUUUUUGUGUGUGCUUAGACUCGAUUAAAAACGAGAAUCAGAACAAGGAUUACUCUAUUAAACAGAAUAUAAUAAGGAGAGCAGCAGGAGUGUGUUAUUUUCGGAGACCCAGGUCCCCCAACAACCCCGUCCAGACAGACUGUUAAACAAUGUACUAAGGAGAAAGUAUGAUGGUAGCGGAUUUUGUAACACGACAGCAGAACGGUUCGCCAAUCAACGGUGAAAUACCCGGCCAGAAUCACAAUAACUCCAACAUGCCCGCACACAGUGCCUUGCUAAUGAGCAGUGAAUCAACCGGACGCGGUAGUCCCGUUAGUCCGGACACUGAUUACAAUGGAAACGGAUACGAUCUCUCAUCCCAUCUGCAGCGCAAGGAGCUAUUCUCUCAGCGCAAGCAGCGUGAGUUCAUUCCAGACAAUAAGAAAGACGACAGCUACUGGGAUAGGCGACGCCGUAACAAUGAAGCGGCAAAACGUUCCCGCGAAAAGCGUCGCUUCAAUGAUAUGGUCCUAGAGCAGCGAGUGGUCGAGCUAACUAAGGAAAACCACGUGCUAAAAGCACAAUUGGACGCGAUCAAAAACAAGUAUAAUAUUUGCGGUGAAAAUUUAGUCAGUGUUGAUCAAAUCAUGGCUACGCUACCGACUAAUGAACAAGUGCUAAGUUCUACUAAACGAGUCAAAAUCAAUAGUACUCCGCCUUUAGUAUUCCCGUUGUCAAGGACACCGGUACCACAGCCUUCGUUAACGCCGCAACCAAUGCAGCAAGUACCUCAGCAUCUUCAUCAACCGCAUACGCCGCAGCAGGCUAUACAGCAACAACACUCGAUACAUCAACCACCCCAGCAACAAUCGCAACAAGCCGCAGUCAUUCACCCCAAUCCAAACAUCGAAUCUCCUCCUCCGCCACAGUCCAUCGCUUCACAGCUGCAGCAAAUCACAAUUCAGCACACAAACUCACACUAUAGUCACCAUUCACCUGCAGCCAUGUACCGCGAGUACGAACCAAUGACCAACGGUAGCAGUCGAUGUGAUAGCAACAAACGCGAAUCCACAAUUCGAAGCCCUCUUGCCAGAGUCGACCUGCUCGAGCGUGACGAGCAUCGCAAUGAAUCACUGGUUGAUCAGAGAGAUCGAGACCGUGAACGUGAUCGCGAUCGUAUCGAUGUUCCAUCACUACCGGUUCCUACCUUCGGCUCAGCAAACUCGCACAUUAGCGGACCACACAUCUCGCAUCAUCCGUACGUUGGUCCGUACUCUAUUCCAAACUAUCCGGUAAGCUACAACGGCAACCUCUACUCGUCACCACCGCGAGAGAUCAACGCUUUGCUUACCGCUAACGUGCUCAACCUUAGUCGCCGUGCUCCAUCACCGUACGAAACAUCCAACGGAACCGGUUCCAACAGCAGUCACAGCAGCUCCGGCGAUGACGAACACGAUCGCGAACAGAUUCACGAUCACAACAACAGUCUACCGGUUAAGCUGAGACACAAAUCACAUCUUGGUGAUAAGGACGCAGCCUCCGCCUUGCUUGCCCUGCAGAAUAUUAAACAAGAACCGCAACUGCGAUCAUCUUCCCCUUGGGAUGACGGGGAUGGUUCUUCGGAUGAGCGCGAUUCAGGCAUCUCUACAGAAUGGCCCACGAAGGCGGAACAGAAAAUGAUGGUCCCGCUACCAUGCUCACCUCCAUCCACUUCGGUUUCACCAAUGGCAAUGGCAUCCACAGGAUCGGCGACUAACAUCGUCGGCGGAAAGGUUACCUCAAUUCCGGCGUCCGUCGUCAUCAGCAAGAAGGCUGAGGAAAACAUCCAUCUCCAGUCGAAAUUGGCCCGGCUGGAGUCGGAAGUGGCCACUAUCAAGAACAUGAUGAUUUCCAACACCACUGGCAGCGGAUUUGGUGUCACAGCCGCGGCACAGUGACGGAAGCGGAACGAGUGUAACCGCGAGAUCUAGUUCGGCAGAGAGAGAGAGAAAAGAAAAACCCAAAUUGUGAUGAGCUCUGUAAAAGGUUUGUAAAUGAUGUGUGAAAUGCGAGGCCUGAACAGUUCGAGAGUGUAGUGCAAAAAAGACUUGGGAACGAAUGUGUGUGCGCCUUUCAGUGGUAAGAUAUGGUGAACAGUUUUUUUUAUAAGCAAAAGAGAAUAUUUAUUACUACUUAUAAGGCAGAAAGAUAGCAUUUUCGUCAGUUGUUAUUUUUUUAAGUAAACAAGUCGUCCUAUGAAACUACGGUAGCGCAAGCUGAAAUUACCGAUAGUGGAGAGUUUACCGUAGCCCGGUUCCAAGUGAGAUGGAAAUAGUGCGAAAGCAAAACAGUCCAUGUAUGAUAAUUUAGAUUUUAACUGAGCUGUUUAAUGCAACAUUUAAAAUAAACAAGCAGUUAAAACGAUAUUUAUCUUCAGGGAAGAUGAUAGGACAGUGAAAACGAUUGACGGAACAACAUAAAUAGCUGCUGGAGAAGUUAUAAACAAUAGACCUGUCUAGUGAAUAGGCACGACGUUUCGGAAUUGUGAUAUAUUUUUUUCUUUGAUACAGCAGUUUGAGCAAAUUGACCUUCUUUUUUAUGUAAUUUUUUGAACAGUGAACAGAAGAGAAGGUUAUUUUUAAUUUAUUUUUCGUCAUAUAAGUACCACAGUUAUUUAGAGUAAGCGACUGAAGAAGAAAUUUGUGAAAUUUUCAGUAAUACUGUUAUAUCUUUGAUGCCAUCACCGGGAUAUAAAACUAGGUGAUAGUGCGGGCCUUUUCGUGUCCAGUCCUACGAGAUCGUAUAUAUGCUAUAACGCGAUCGACAUCGUUUUAUCUUCGUAAUACAACCCAUCAAAUUAAUUCGAAAAUUCCUUUCCACAAAGUUUAGCCGACUUUCAGAACUGAUCUUAAAACACUACUUACAAAUUAAUUAAUUCAGUACUACUGACUCUAUAGUAGCUAUUAUUCGGUAGUUUUAAAAUUGUCAUUUUUAAUCGUAAUUAAGGAAAGAUAUGAAACAUCAUGUGUAUAAUUUGUAUCAAAUUUAUGUAUUUAAAUAUAUAUAUUUUUAAAAAAUA